AUUAUUAUUAUUAUUAUUAUUAUUAUUUAAUUUUUCUCUUCUUCUUCUUCAUCUAUUUUGUUCAAAGAUGGAACCAGAGACAAUAAGAACGACUGUUGGAAUCAUUGGAAAUGUCAUAUCGUUCUUCCUCUUUCUCUCACCAGUCCCGACAUUCUUUAAGAUAAUCAAAGCAAAAUCAGUGCAAGAGUUCAAGGCGGACCCCUACGUUGCCACCGUGCUGAAUUGUGCCCUAUGGGUGAUCUAUGGCCUUCCCUUCGUCCAUCCUGAUAGCCUUCUUGUCAUCACAAUCAAUGGUACAGGGUUGGUCAUUGAGCUUGCCUAUGUCCUCAUCUUCAUCACCUACUCUGAUUGGCAAAAGCGCCGGAAGAUUAUUCUUGCUCUUUUCUUGGAAAUAAUUUUUGUUGUUUUUAUAUUCUUCAUCACCAUGACAUUUUUGCAUACCACCCAAGCAAGAUCAAUGCUUAUUGGGAUAUUGUGUCUCGUCUUCAAUAUAGUUAUGUACACUGCACCGUUGACAGUCAUGAAACUAGUCAUCCAAACAAAGAGUGUAAAAUACAUGCCAUUCUUUUUGUCAGUCGCUAACUUUGCCAAUGGUUGUGUGUGGUUAGUUUAUGCACUCCUUAAGUUCGAUCCUUACAUCGCGAUUCCCAAUGGUUUGGGAACACUAUCUGGUGCAAUUCAACUCAUACUGUAUGCAACCUAUUACAAAACGACCAAUUGGGAUGAAGAUGAUGACACGCCAGCUGAGAUUUCGGAUGUUGAACUCUCCAAGAAGAAUAGUACUCUUUAAAAAUGUCAUUUUACACAAUAUGAAUUAAAAAAAUUCAUUUGUUUAAUAUUUCAAUCUUUCCGGGAUUGAUAUUUAUUUUCAUCAAUGAAAGUAAUAAAAGAAGAAGAAGAAAGAAAAAAAAAAAAAAAAAAAAA